AUGCCCCCCCAGGCGCCCUCUCCUCCUGGGGGACCCCUGCUCAGUCAGCAGGGGGCGGGGGGUGCAGGCCAGGUCGGGGGCUGUGCCUGGCGGGGCCCAGUGCCCAGAUCCCGCUGCCAGCCUCUCCUGACUCAGCGUUGCCGCUGCCAGCGUCUGCACCCGGCCUCUCGGGGUUUGUCCACCCUGGCCCAUGCGUGCACCUCCCGGGGGAGACGCGCCCCACCGGCCCCGGUUCCACACCGGGACAUCCUGCUGGUGCUCCAGGGCCGUGGCGUGGCCGCGCGGCUCUGCAUGGCUGAGUAUGUGCAUCCCCUCCAUCCAUGUGACGAGUGCCUUCGCCCAAUCACCUGCCGAGACAGCGUGUGGCUGUCAGCAGUCAAACUGGUGUGCAAAUCCACAGCAGAAAUCCAGUGGGCAGGCGCCGAGGGUGCAGCCCGCUUCCACGGAGGCCUGCUGGGGAGCGACACCGCAGGGGCAGCUGAGGGCCACAGCGUGGCUUCCGUGGCUGAGUGCCUCCCACCCCAGGAGCACUGGGACCACCGAAAACCUGACACACAGCAGCCUAAGAAGGCCAACAGUCUUAAGAGCCCGCUGCGGGGACCCUGCUGUGCUGGGGAGAACUGCACAGGUGCGGGCCGUGUCCCCGAGCGGAGCGGGCCAGGUGCGCGCCAGGUGCGUCUGUGCUGUCAGCUGUCCCCAGGUGGCUGUGGAGGAGCUCUGGGACUCCGGGAGGCAAAGGAAGCCGAGUCUCACGCCACCUUCAGGGCUCGUCCCGAUGGGGCCUUCGGCGCUGCCAGCCCUGGGGCCUCAGACCUGGCGAGCCGGCCAUCCCACAGCAGGAGCUCCGCCAGCCAGGCAGAGCUGCGCGGCCCAGCUCUGGCAGGACACGAGAGCUACGUGACCUUCUGCCAGCUGGAGGAGGCAUCUGCCUUCACGUGCAGCGCAGACUGCACCAUCCGCCGGUGGGACGUGGCCAGCGGGCGCUGCGUGCAGGUGUACCGUGGCCACACCUCCAUUGUGAACAGGAUCCUGGUGGCAGAUAACCAGCUGUUCAGCAGCUCCUAUGACCGCACGGCCCGUGCCUGGACGGUGGAGCAGGGGCAGGUGACCCGGGAGUUCCGGGGCCACCAUAACUGUGUGCUGACCCUGGCCUACGCUGCCCGCCGGGACGCCCCCGUGGCCUCGCCCCGCAUGGAGGCCCCCGUGGCCGGGGGGCUGCUGGUGACCGGCAGCACAGACGGUACGGCCAAGGUGUGGCAGGUGGCUAGUGGCUGCUGCCACCAGACCCUGCGGGGCCACACCGGGGCCGUGCUGUGCCUCGUGCUGGACGCGCCGGGCCACACGGCCUUCACGGGCAGCACCGACGCCACCGUCCGUGCCUGGGACAUCCUGAGCGGCCAGCAGCUGCGGGUGUUCCGGGAGCACCAGGGCUCCGUCAUCUGUCUGGAGCUCACGGACCAGCUCCUGUACUCAGGUAGUGCCGACCGGACCGUCAAGUGCUGGCUGGCUGACACGGGGGAGCCAGUGCGCACCUUCCCGGCGCACGGGCACAGCGUGAGCGCCGUCAAGUACCACGCAGGCACCUUGUUCACGGGCAGCGGGGACGCCUGCGCCCGGGCCUUCGAUGCCCAGUCUGGAGUCCUGCAGAGGGUGUUCCGGGGCCACGCGCUGGUCAUCAACUGUCUCCAGGUGCACGGCCAGGUGCUGUACACAGCAUCGCACGAUGGGGCUCUGCGCCUGUGGGACGUGCGCGGGCUCCUGGGCCCUCCACCCCCUGCACGCAGGCCUGCAGCCACGCGCAGCCUGUCCCGGCUCUUCAGCAACAAGGUGGCCUGUGCGGCCUCCGCGCCUCUGCAGCCCGCCUGAGCCCAGGGAAGCUCAGGCCCUGCAGACCUGGCCCUUGCCCACAGCGAGGCCCGU